AUGCAGUUUGUGAAGUUUGCAAACAUCGAGGAGGACACGCCCUCGUAUCAUCGCAGCUACGACUUCUUUGUGUCUCGCUUCAGUGAGAUGUGUCACUCCGAGCACCAAGACGCCAACAUCCAGAACAAGAUCCGUGUCUCGGGGAUUCGUGGUUUGCAGAGCGUGGUCAGGAAGACGGUGGAUGAUGAGCUCCAAGUGGAUAUUUGGGAGCCCCGUCACAUGGAGCAGAUUGUCCCCGCCCUGCUGGUCAACCUGGAGCAGCACAGCCAGUACAGCAGUGGGUCUCCUGCAGAACAGACUGAGGUGUGUUUCCGAGAGCUUUUGGGUCGAGCUGCUUACGGACACAUCAACAACGCCAUCAGACCAGUGCUCACGCACCUGGAUACUCACGGUCUUUGGGAGGGACAAACCUUUGCUGUUAGAUGUUUUCACAUCAUCAUGUACUCCAUUCAGUUGAAUUCAUUAUAUCUGGACUACUUUAACUCGUAUAGUCUUCACCCAGUUGAACUCAUAUCUUGA